AUGGAGACGUGCCCAUGGGUGCCCCUGGUCCCCCAGGUAUCAAAGGGACCCCAGGACCUCCAGGGGACCCUGGUCUUGAGGGAGCUGAGGGUGAAACUGGACUCCCAGGGUUUUAUGGAGAAGUUGGUGAUCCAGGUCGCAAAGGAGAAAAAGGUGGAAAGGGAGAGGCCGGUGAUAAAGGCCCUAAAGGCUAUGGACCACCAGGACACCCAGGAGAUCAGGGCUCAAAAGGUCAGCGUGGACGUCCUGGUCGGGCAUUCAAUGGUCAGCCUGGGAAGCCCGGUGAGAGAGGUCAUGUGGGCCGUCCGGGACUCAGGGGUCAUGCUGGUCUUCGUGGGCCUCCGGGGAUCUGCAUCACUUCAGGCUGCGCUGCUUUGA